AUGAAGGAGGAGAUCAAAUCCCUGUCCCCAGCAAAAUUGCCUGCCUACGACAAUAUGGCGCAGGAAAUUGGCGAGAUUAUCGGCUCAUCUGAUCCUACAGUAAAUAAGAGGCUGUUACGAAAGAUUGAUGGAAUACUGUUGCCUCUGCUAGGAUUUACCUAUCUACUUCAAUUCUUAGACAAAAUAUCUCUUGGGUACACUUCUCUUCUAGGAAUUCGUGCAGAUUUGGGACUUGUGGGGGAUCAAUACUCCUGGGCUACAUCCAUUUUCUACUUUGGCUAUUUUGCAUGGUCCUUCCCCUCAUCAUGGCUUAUUGUCAGACUUCCUCUUGGUAAAUAUCUAGCCAUCGUUGUUACUCUUUGGGGCAUUGUGCUGGCCUGCCAUGCGGCAUGCCACAAUUUUUCACAAUUAAUGGCAGUGCGUUUUGUGCUUGGCUUAUUGGAGGCAUCAAUAGCUCCAGGAUUCAGCUACUUGACCGGCAUGUUCUACAAGCGUGACGAGCAACCGCUUCGUCAUGGCAUUUGGUACUUGGGAAACUCUACCGCUGGACUUUUUGGCGGGGUAAUUUCGUGGGCUAUCGGCCAUCUUCACGGAUCUUUAUUUUCUUGGCAAUAUCUUUUCAUCAUCUACGGCUGUAUCACAGCGGGGUGGGGAAUCGUUCUUUUCUUUCUCCUUCCAAGCUCACCAGUCACAGCACCCUUUCUCAACAAACAAGAAGGUAUCAUUGCUGUUGCACGCACCAAGGAUACACAACAAAAAGUCAAUUCCAAACAGUUCAAGAAUUACCAAGUGUGGGAGGCCUUGCAUGAUCCGCAAGCGUGGCUCCUGUGCUCAAAUAUGUUUGGCUGUAUGCUUGUCAAUUCCGGCUUUUCCGCGGUAAGAUAA